GCCGCCGCCUCAGCCUCCCGCGCGCCCGAGUCGGGAGGAGCCGCCGCCGCCGCCGCCGCCGCCGCCGCCGCUACCGCGGCCGAGCGAGUGCCGUCGGGGCUGGCGGGCGGGAAGGAGCCGCGGGCCCGAGCUGGAGGGGGGGAGUAGGGAGAGCGCGCCCACCACCUUCCCUUCCCCCCCUCGAUGGGAGCGGGGGCGUCCCGGCCGCCGCAGCCGACCGAGGAGACCGCGCCGGGGGCCGCCACUUCGGAGUUGGGGCUGAGGCGUCCUCCGGGGAGAGCGCGCCAAGACCGCUGCAGCAGCUGGCCGAGUUAAGCCCAUCCACAGUGAUGGCCGCAGCCUUACCCAGGACCCUGGGGGAGUUGCAGCUGUAUAGAAUAUUGCAAAAAGCCAACCUGCUUUCUUAUUUUGAUGCCUUUAUCCAGCAAGGUGGUGAUGAUGUCCAGCAACUCUGUGAAGCUGGCGAAGAGGAGUUCUUGGAGAUCAUGGCGCUCGUGGGCAUGGCUAGCAAGCCCCUGCAUGUCAGAAGGCUGCAGAAGGCGUUGAGAGACUGGGUUACGAACCCUGGCCUUUUCAAUCAGCCACUGACGUCUCUGCCUGUCAGUAGCAUACCUAUCUAUAAGUUACCAGAGGGCUCACCAACAUGGCUGGGAAUAUCCUGCAGCAGCUAUGAAAGGAACAGCGGUUCCCGAGAACCUCAUUUGAAAAUCCCCAAGUGUGCUGCCACCACGUGUGUGCAGAGCUUGGGGCCGGGGAAGUCAGACGUGGCAGGGAGCUUAGCGCUGCAGGCUAUCGGCGACUCCCGGCUCUGGCAGGGCCACCACAGCACCGAGAGCGAGCACAGCCUCUCCCCAGCGGACCUGGGCUCCCCGGCUUCCCCUAAAGAGAGCAGCGAGGUGCUGGAUGCUGCCGCUGCACUCUCUGUAGCCGAGUGUGUGGAGCGGAUGGCCCCCACGCUGCCAAAAAGUGACUCGAACGAAGUGAAAGAGCUGCUGAAAACCAACAAGAAGUUGGCCAAGAUGAUUGGCCACAUCUUUGAGAUGAGUGAUGACGAUCCACACAAAGAAGAGGAAAUCCGAAAAUACAGUGCAAUAUACGGCAGAUUUGACUCGAAGAGGAAGGACGGGAAGCACCUCACGCUCCACGAGCUCACCGUUAAUGAAGCAGCUGCUCAGCUCUGUGUAAAGGAUAAUGCCCUGCUGACAAGAAGAGAUGAACUUUUCGCCCUGGCCAGGCAGAUUUCUCGAGAAGUCACCUAUAAAUAUACUUACAGAACCACCAAGUCAAAAUGUGGAGAGAGAGAUGAAUUAUCCCCGAAGAGAAUUAAAGUAGAGGAUGGGUUUCCAGAUUUCCAGGACUCUGUGCAGACACUCUUCCAGCAGGCUAAAGCUAAGAGUGAGGAGCUCACUGCUCUUAGCUCACAGCAGCCUGAAAAGGUGAUGGCAAAGCAGAUGGAGUUCCUCUGCACCCAAGCUGGCUAUGACAGACUGCAGCAUGCUGAAAGAAGACUGUCUGCAGGACUGUACAGGCAGAGCUCAGACGAGCACAGCCCCAACGGCUUGGCGCCAGACAGUGCUGAGGGACAAGGAGAAAGACCUUUGAAUCUCCGAAUGCCUAAUUUACAGAACAGACAGCCCCAUCAUUUUGUGGUGGAUGGGGAGCUGAGUAGACAUUACUCCAGUGAGGCAAAGUCCCACUCAUCAGAGAGCCUUGGGAUUUUAAAAGACUAUCCUCACUCAGCUUUUACUUUGGAAAAGAAGGUCAUCAAAACAGAGCCUGAAGAUUCAAGAUAGCCGUGGUUCUUCCACUGUUCUCUGGAAAUGGCAUCAGAGUUAAGGAUAAUGCUCCAUCAUAGAAAUAAGCCUUAAUAACCAAUGUUGCCUCAUUCAGCACAAACAGAUUUCAUAGCCAAAGCAUAAGGACUGAUACAGUAGUCUGUGGAAACCAGGAAGACAAAACUGCAGCCACAAAGGAGUAAACUGAGAGAAUGUUGCAAGCUGUAACAGAAAUACUGAUCCACAUUCCUGUGGAAGUCAUUUUAUGUGGAAAGGCUUACAAAUUAAUACUGUAAGCAUUCAUUAUUUAAGAAUGUACAAUGUAUUUGUGUAAUUUAUAGAAGUAAAAUGUAGAUGUUGAGACCUGUUUGGACCAAUAGAUGUGGAUAAAGUUUAUUUUACUUGAAAUUUCUUUGUCUGCUUUAAGUGUUUUACGUAAAUAUUAUUGUACGUCAGAGUUUAGAAUCUUUGCAGUCAUAAAAAAGAAAGUUUAAGUGGUGUAGUUGUUGGCAAGGUUGUAAUGACUUUGGAAAAAUGGAAAGCAGAUACUCAGUUUAAGCCAAGGAAAAUGUUGUAGUUUUAAUAUCUCAUAAAACUGAUUUUGUUUAAAUAGGAAAUGUCUCAUUUCUUAGCAGUCAGAUGUCAUUUUUACUGGCUUAAUUAGGCAGUAGUUAAUAAAUACUGGAGUAGAGUUAAAAGGAUGAGCAACAGAGUAGAAAAAUCUCUGCUACCUGGUUGAUCCAGGUUGCAUACUCUGAUAGCUACUUAAAAUAUAACAAAAAUAGGAAGCUGCUCCUUGGACAGAGAACCUGGAACAGAUGGGACUGAUGCAUAAAAGCCGUGACUUAAACAUUGUUAUUUCAGAAUGUGUUAUAUAGAUUAAGACUUAGUAAGUUAACCCUAAAUGUGAGAAGAAUGAUGACUGUUAACAAAGGCUAUAUACAUAGUAGAGUAAGCACUGUUUUAUAUCCAGAAAUUCCUGUUCGUAGAAAAUCCUUUUCUACGUACCAGAGUCAGAGAAGCUAGAUGGUUCUCCCUGGGGACAUAUUCCCAUCCAAACUGUUCACAGUUGUGGGCAACCGGUGCAUCCACACUUGCAGGCAUAUUUCUGUGGAGGUUUAGUUGACACCUAUAUUCAUUAUUUAUUUUACAGUUUCAUUUUUGUAUACUUUUCGGAUUUAUGAAUGCAGUUUUUUCUUAAAACUCACUUUAACUUGAAAAUCUGUUUUGAUUCUCCCUGUUUAGUUAGUGGGGUAUAUACAUAUAUAUGAGAGUGUGCUUAAAUGUUAAUAACGUACUUGCAUACUUAUCAAAAUUUCCCAUUGGAAUCCAUAGUGGAAAACAAAUACUAUUUCUGCCAAGGUAUAUUUUUCUGUUGGUUUAAGAGGAGAAGAUGUUUGACAGCUUUACCUCCUUCCUCCAGAUUUAAACCCAGAGAUUGCCCAGGAGAGUGUAUUGACCUGGAGUAUGUAUGUGUUUGUUUUCAGUUCUGCUCUGAGUCAUAACUGAAUAAAAAUAUUAAGUUACAGUCUGUUAUGUUAAAAUUCGUCAGCCAGAUGUUAGAUGAAACGUCUGCACUGUAGUCUCUGAUCACUGUCACAUAUAUAAUCCCUUUUUCGUGUUGAUUUGUAGAAUAGCUUUACAGUAGAAACACCAGUAAACAACUUUUAUACGAUUAAAAGGCUUUUUUCCCUUCUUCAAUGUUUUAAUUGUACCAUAGUGUUUUGCCCACUGAAGAAGCUUCUUAUGGACCUUGCAACUUUGUUGCUAGCUUGAGGUUGAUAAUUGUGGUUGUAUUGUUCCCUGUCUGUAGAAAUAGUAUGAAUAUGAUUUACAUAGAUUGUUCAGUUUUUAAUAUUAGCCAUAGAACUGGUUAGUAUCUCAGUAGUUUCAUGAAACGUUUCCUGUAUUCUAAUCUAUUUUGAGAAAUUUUGUGGGUUUUUUUUUUAAUUGUGUCUUAUAGUUCAAGUUUGUAGAUUUUAAUAAGCAACAAUUUUUAAAGAUGUGGUGAUCUUCCAACUGAUAUUUAUCUGUCUUUCACAACCACACACACUGCAUCUUUAAAUCCAUGAAUAAGUUUCCUUAAGCAUCAUACUUUUCUGGUUUUGUUCGUGCUUAGGGAUAAGGGGGAAGCACAAGAAAAAUUUCAGUAGAAUACAGUUUUUAUUUUGUAAACACUAAUGUAUUAAACUUGCUAUACAUUGAAGCAAAUAAUAUAUAUUUUUAUUUGAAUUGUAUAUAUGAAUUGGGUGUUAUAACUAGUCGAUUUUUUCAUUGUGUUAGAGGUAUUUUCACUGAACAAGGUCAAUUGGUUACCUCAGUAUUACAGCCAAUAUAGUCCAAGGGACCAUUUCUCUCCAAGUCUUGUGUUGUAUUUUACUAUGUGAAGUCCUCGUUUCCGUGACUCUAAAAGCUGUUGGUGAGGUGGGAUGAGUGCACUUGCUUCCUGUGGCAAUAAAGACUUUCUGUGCCUCACACUUCUAUGUUUGUAGUUUUCUGCAUAGCAUUCCUCGCAGCAGUACUAGCCUGCCUGUCUCCCUGCUCGUCUGGUCUGGGCUUGCAAAGAGUCGGACACGACUGAGCGACUGAACUGAACUGAGUGCCAGGGCCAGGGGCUUCUGCCUUAAGCCUGUUAUUGUCGGCCGCCUUCCUCUCUGUAAGGUUAUUGGCAGGCAGCCACUCGGUUUACACCGGCUGUCAGAGACUUUCGUUUAUAUUGUUCUCACAAGAAAGUUACAAAGACAUUUUGAAAACUACCCACUGUGUCUAACCAACUGAAUCAUUAGGACUUAAGACUUUGCAAACAUACUAAUAUUUGCAAAGUGUUAAUGUGACUUGGCCUCAGUAUUAAGGGCUGUAUAUGAAAUUGAACUAACCUGUGGUAGAGAAUUAGCAAAAGCCUUGCUGUGAAAUUGUAAUGGGUGAGUUUGGUAGAUUAAUAGCUUCAACGCAGAGCCAGUGGCUCGGGUGAGAGUGGAGGCCACAGAAAAAAAAUAGAAGACGUGAACUUUGCCCUUUGGGAACCCAAUACCUAGUUGAAUGGGAAUUAUUUGUCACUCAGAUAAAAUCCAGAUUCCACUGUGUUACAGAGGGAUAAAUAAGGAACUGACAUUUAAGUGAAUUCUGUGUUCAGUAGGCGUUAUGGGAGUACAUGCUUUACAGGUGAAAGAAAGCGCAUUGAGUGAGUGAGUCUGGCGACGAGCCAGGACUGGAAAGAUGUGGGGCAUGCCUAUAAAGCUGUAGUGGGCGUGCAUUUCACUUGGAGGUCACUUUUUUAAAAGCUUCAAAAUAAUGCUUGCCAUGGAUAAUCAUUCUUUUGACAGUCCCACUGAACUUGUGAAAAGGCAGGGGCUUAAUGUGUUAGGACUAAAUAUUACUGUCAGCUGCCUGCAUUUCUAUGAAGUUUUUGGCAGACACAUACUCAGUUGACUCUUCUGUCAGAAAGAGACUUUGGUUUAUAUUGUUCUCACUUAAUGAGGUUACAAAGACAUUUUUAAAACUACCCACCGUAUCUAACCAACUAAAUCAAUAAAAAGGGGGAACAUCAGGAUCUAAGACUUUGCAAACUUAUUAAUAUUUGCAAAGUGUUAAUGUAACUAGGUCUCAGUAUUAAGGCUUAUGCUUUUUCCUGUCCUUAAUUAGUAAAACCGCCUGGGGAAAAGUUCUAGGAUUUGGCGAUUAUGAGCACCUAGUGAACCUUUACAGUUUAAGAGCUGAAGCCUAAAUAAGCAUGUAAAGAAUUUCCUAACAUGGUCUGCUCACUUGGCUUCUCAGAUGUUUAAGUAUUACUGACACAAUACCCAUUGUGCUUGUGACUUCACCUAAUACUGCACUGACUCUUCAAAAGAAAAUCAACAGAGGUAGUAACCUAGUGAAACUCUCAGGAGGUCUAUCUCUUAUAGGAAGUGAAUUCAUCAGUAAAUCGCUGAAGUUAGAGUUGAGCAAACAUUUUUGUGUUUGUAACAGCUUGAAGCAUAAGACCAAAUAUGGUAGCUGCUGUUUAACUAAAAACCACCUUAUGGUCCAGCUGUGUGCAUGGGUGGUGUUUCAGGGAAUCAGACUUAUUUAUUUGUUACUAUCUGUGGGUGUUCUCAUAAAUGAGAUAAUCUUAAGUGGGCCUCCAGACUUAAUAAAAGAAUGAUCCAGUGUCAAGAAAUUCGUUUUUUAUUGUAAAUAUGUUUAAUUUCAGAAAACCUUACUGUUGAUUAUUUUCGUAGUGGCUCUACAAGAUGAUUCUUACUUUACAUUGACGCGAUCAAAAGCUAAAUUUUGAGCUAAAUUAUUUGAGUAUGCACCAGUUACAGCUUUAAAAUCUCUUCUCUGGCAUCUGUUUCUACUGACCUAUGAAAAAAAUUUUAAGAAGAAAAAACCACCUCUAUGGUGUUACAAAUUUUUUGUGCAGAAAAAGCUAAUCAGAAAUUUAUUUUGUAAAUUCAUUAUCAACUUAUUAAAGUUAGAAUCUGAAAACUUACUGUGUUUUAAGUUUUUAAGUUUAUCUUAUAAAUUUUUUCUGUCUGUAAGUUUAACAAUUUUUAGGGAACUAUGAAUAAUCCGUUGGUUCCAUUUACAAAAUUGGUUUAAAAAUCCCUUAUAUUUUAUCCUUUCAUACUCCUCCUGUCUUCUGAGGGCCACAAUUUUGAAUCAUUAAAACAAUAUCCUGUUGAA